AUGGAGGUCGUGGCGGAUGUACAGCAUGACGCAGGCUCUCGAAGAGAGCGGGCGUGGCUAUAUGCAUCGAAUCGUAAGCUUCGGCACCUCCAUGGAGUCUCGAUACGAAACUUGAUCGCCACUCCACCGUCAAGCCGAGCUCGUGGUAAAACUAUUGAUGAUCACGAUAUUCCCAAUGCCAAUUCACCUUCCAAGAUUUUUGCGCAACGAGAUAGCCGUUCUUUACAUCCCUCGCGAUCAUUUACAGACCUUAAGUCGCGUUCAUUGCAGGAUCUGCCUGCAGAAACGAGAAAUGGCUCCCCACUACCCCGUCGGCGUAGCUCACUUCCUUGGAACGAUCCCAAUCCCCAGAAGCGACAGAUCAAUCUUGAAGGCAUCAUGAAAAGUCGCAUGGCGGAUUCUUGGUUCUCGCUUCAUUGCGAAGGUAUUGACAACCCAGUAUAUGUCAGCGAGGUGAUUGAUCAAUCGACCAAUCCUAGCUUCCAGUCUUUCGAUCUUAAUUUAUGCGGCCCUGUCGUCUCUCGUCGUGACACAUUGACCCUCAAGCUUUGGGCUAGGACAGAGGCUAUGUCUGAUUAUGUGCUUCUCGUCGAGUUGCAGCUGCACCUGCGGUCUUUGCAGUUCCUCGAGAAGACACUUGAGAACUUUCACCAGCCGUUGCCUCCUAACUCUAUUCUUUUCCAUUUCUCAGAUGGUGUGUAUACCAAUCUCACCGAUAUACCAUCAAUGGAAGCUUCAAUCAAUGGUACCGGACAACGAGCCAAUGUCGAUGGAACUGUGCUUCCUACUUCCUCUUAUGAUGCCUUGAUGCGGCUGGCGAAUUUGGACGAGUGCAUUCAAGAUGCGUUAGCUACUCGGGAAAAACUGGAAGCGCAGAUCGAAGUUAUUCUCAAGAAAAAUGAGGGAGCUUUGACAACUGAAAGCAAUGCCGCAAAGACACAAGAUCGCCUUUCGUCAAUCAAGCAUGCCGUUGCUGCGGAGCGGAAGCAACUCCGAGUCACAACAAAACACAAAGAUGAUCUCAUUGCUAGCAUCAAGGCUCGGAAAGAGGCUAUGGAGAGAGGGCGCAACAUCCAAGAUAUAGCCCGGGGCCAUCUUCCACAGGCCCAGGAGAAGCUGGUGUUUUGCGAAAAGUUGCUUCAGAAGAACUCAGAAGAUCAAAAGGGCCAGGUUGGGCGCAUUGCCGAGGAUCUUAUGGUUAUCUAUCCCAUUGAACCAAUUCCCGAAAAGCCACUGGCUUUCACCAUUGUCGGGUUAUCACUCCCGAAUUCCAACUUCGACGACAUUGACCGAGAGAAGGUUGCUGCAGCACUAGGAUACACUGCACACUUGGUGUACCUGCUUUCGUUUUAUCUAUCAGUGACAAUUCCUUACCCAAUCAAUCCCAGCCAGUCAACGUCCUUGAUCCAAGACCCUAUAUCGCAAGGUUUGCCGCAACGCACUUUCCCUCUUUACCCAGUUAGCGUCCAGUACCGAUUUGAGUACGGCGUGUUUCUAUUGAAUAAGGAUAUUGAAUUCCUACUUAACAAGUGUGGAAUUCACGGAUUGGAUAUCCGUCACACUCUCCCCAACCUCAAAUACCUUCUGUACAUUUUGACUGCAGGUACAACAGAAAUUCCUGCUCGGAAGGCUGGCAUUCGAGGCCUUGCAGAAAGACUAGCACCUAGCUUGUCCCGGCGCAGUAGUGCAGACAGCGCUGUCUCUGGUGAACUGUUUCAGUCGCGCAAGGCUUAUGAUUUACUUCGGAUGAAUGGUGGCCUUGGUCUUGGCCUGGACCAUGGACCAAACGCGACGGUGAACAGGUCUCUGUCGUCUCGAGUUGCUUGA